AUGCACGGAAAACAAGAGAAAGGUCGUAAAACAUGGGAUGCAAGAGCCAUGGGGCUUGCGGUAAAUGCUGUUAGAAGCAAAGAAAUGGGGUAUAUAAAAGCGUCAAAAAUAUAUAAAGUUCCAGGAAGUACCCUUGUUGAUUACGUAAAAUCAGACAAGCCAAUAGAAGUAUUAACAGCUACGAAAUUAGGAAGAAGACCUGCGCUAAGCAACGAAAUUGAAAAUCUGUUAGUUACAUAUUGUUUAGAUAUGGAGAAACAGUUUUAUGGACUAAGAGCUUCCGAUAUUAGAAGGCUAGCGUUUCAGCUAGCUAUCCAGAACGGGCUACAACACCCUUUUUCUAUGACGAAAUCAAGUGCAGGAAAAAAGUGGCAAAAAGGGUUUUUAAAGAGACAUCCUGAACUGAGUUUUAGAAAGCCACAGGGUGUAUCUGCAGCUCGCAUAAAAGGAGCCAGCCUUAUAGCAGAAAUCAAAUUGAAUCCAGCCAGAUUAUUUAAUGUAGAUGAAACAGGCAUUACAACUGUUCAACACAAACAUUCAAAGGUUCUCAGCUUACGAGGUAAAAGGCAAGUUGGAGCCUUGACGACAUCCGAAAGGGGAGCUCUUGUUACUGUAGUGACUUGUAUGAGCGCUACCGAAAUAUAUGUGCCACCAGUAUACUAG